CGGUGGCUGCCGACUCCAGUCCCUCUCAGUCGCGGCGGUGGCAUCCUGCUCGCAACACACGCCACGGCCGGGUUCGAAAAGUCGCUGCCCGGCACCGCCGCCGUCGAUUGCCACCGCGCCGGUUUUUAAUCGGAUCGCAUUUCCGGCGUGGGCGAGGGGUGCUCUUUAGCCGCCGCAUCUCGGUAAGCCUCUCUGCAGCCCAGGAUUGCUCGAUCGCGGCGCGUUUGCGAGCCACAGUGAAGGCCGACGUGAUAAUCUGAUAAUUACGGGAGAGCCGGCGAUUGCUUUCCCUCUCAAAGCAGGAGGGACGUCCCUUUGUUGCUCCCUACGUCAAACUACUGGUCAUUUCCGUCGCGUAUCGAUACGACGAGUGGUUUGCCUUGAAACGAUGUGGGCGAGAGAAAAUCGAUCGGAACAAGUGCUGCUCCGUUAUUUUGCCAAGCGCUAAAAUCGGAAAUCAUCCGAGGCAAGUGCUGCGAGAAAGUAAAGCUGUAUUUCUUUCUUGCGUAAGACAGCGCCUUCUUUUUUAAUUUCUUCACUCGGGAAGCGGCCGGCACCGCACUUUCGCACUUGACGAGUUUGCUUAAAAUAAUCGUGAUCGAUAAGUCGGCAUCGAAUUAAUGAUCAGCAAUGAGCUGCCUGUGUCCCGUCUGGCGAAGGGGACUCUCGAAACUUACGCUCGCAGCGUCUCGCCUUUAAGUGCGGAUUUAAUUGUGCGGUUUGUGGAAGUUUAUGGUCGCCGGGAGGGCAUAAUACCCGGCAUUUUUUCGUCGUGAAAGACGAGAGGUGCGCCACGUGUGCGGGCGGAAACGGCGUGGGUGGCAUUGACGAAAGAACGGCCGGUCGAGCUCUGAAAAAUUAUCAAACGCGGGCGCGUUUCUCAUUCCUCUGUUACUCCGCGGUGAUGCGACAUGGCGAUCUUCGGCACUUUGAAGAAAAAGUUUGACGUUGAGAUCUUUCGCAUGAUGAAGAAAGUCUCUCCUAUCUAAUAGCAGGUAGAGCGAUGGGAUUGUCCAAAGGAUAUCCUCUGACAGGAUUAAUCACUGUAUCUGAGUCGGCGAUAGCGGGUACCAUGACGAGGCUGAACCCGACCGAAGACCCAGGUACCCGGAAAGAGUGCAAAUGGGAGAGGUGACACAUCACCCAGUGAUGCGUAAACGGCGUGGAGUCGGCAGCGCCUUCCUGGGCCUCUUCGUGGGCCUGAUCCUAGGUUUUUUGGUCCUCAGCUAUCGUCUGAUCGUCUUCAAUCAGCAGCAACAGGUUACCAUUUGGACCUCCAUGCCCGCUUUACGGUUUUCAUCGCCGAAAACGCCGGCGCGAAACGUGCCGUGGCUGAAAGACGACGAGCGAGUCAACAGCUCCACGUCGAAUCUGGUGUUUGUGGGCGUGAUGACGGCUCAAAAGUAUCUGGACACGCGAGCCAAGGCCGUCUACGAAACGUGGGGCAAGGAGAUACCCGGCAAGAUAGUCUUCUUUUCGUCAGAGUCCUCGACGGCUCCCGAAAACUGCCCGGAUCUGCCUCUGGUGCCGCUGCCGCGAGUGGACGAUACCUAUCCGCCGCAAAAGAAGUCCUUCAUGAUGCUGCAGUACAUGUGGAGCAACUUCGGCGAUCGCUUCGAGUGGUUCUUGAGGGCGGACGACGACGUAUACGUGAGGGCAGACCGGCUGGCGACGCUGCUGAGAUCCGUCGAUUCCAGGAGGGCGAUGUACAUCGGACAGGCCGGCAGAGGGAACUCGGAGGAGUUCGGACUGCUCUCCUUGGAGUACGACGAGAACUUCUGCAUGGGUGGCCCGGGUGUGGUGCUGUCCAGGGAGACGCUGAGGCGGAUCGUGCCGCACAUCAAGUACUGCCUGCGCCAUUUGUACACCACGCACGAGGACGUCGAGCUGGGAAGAUGCGUGAAAAAGUACGCUGGGAUCCCCUGCACUUGGAGCUACGAGUACACUCGUGAUGAUGCCGCACAGAUGCAGUCGAUUCUUUAUCACAACAGCAGCGGGGCCCAGGCGUUCACCGGAAAUCUCAAGAAGAAGGAGGUUCAUCGUGCCAUCACUUUGCAUCCUGUGAAAAGUCCGCCUUACAUGUACAGGCUGCACAAUUACAUGAGGGGACUGCGGAUACAAGAUCUGCAGCAGGAGAGGAUCCGUCUGCACAGGGACAUUUACACAAUGAGCGAGGAACUGGGGGUGAGCCUUGAAACCUUGAGGAACCACGAAAUAGCGGAAGGCGUGCGUCUCUUUCCCGUCGAUCCUAAUUCCGAAGAUUAUCCCGGCGACACGGACAUACUGGGUGUGCCGGCGAGUCUUCGUUCGUUCAAGCCGGCGACGAGCGACGAAGUGAUCCCGUGGAACUUCCUCUUGAAAUUGGAAUACAGUCUGACCGAUUCUAAUCCCAGGCGACGUAUUCACAGCGACAUCAAAGAGGGUCUGGAGGAUAUCACUCGAGAGGUCAUGGCGUCCAUUAAUUCCUAUUCAAGGCAGCGGGGCCGCGUUGUCGAGGAACGGUCCGCUCUUUACGGGUACAGGAGGGUGAAUUCUUAUGGAGCUGACACGAUAUUAGAUCUUUUGUUGGUUUAUCGAAAGUACCGGGGCAGGAAGGUUACUCUCCCUGUCAGAAGACACGUCUAUCUCCAUCAGCAUUUUAUCGGAUUAGAGAUGCGUGAGACAGUAAAUGGCAUCGAAGUUGAACCUCGGCACGAGUCAGACGGCAAGUCUAUUCACAAUUUAGUCCACCGUGGCUUUCUGAAUCUCAAUUUCGACUCUCAAGAGGACGAUCCGGUGCAAAGCAAGAUCAUCAACUUUAUCCUACCUCUGUCGGGCCGCUACGAGGUCUUUCAAAGGUUCCUCCAGAACUACGAGGACAUCUGUUUGACUAGCGACGAGAAAACGUCCCUGCUCGUCGUGCUCUACCAGCACAAAAGCGAAAAUACCUUCAACAAAACGAUAGAUCUGGUCAAGCAGCUCAAGUACAAAUAUCGCAGUGCCAGCAUAGAGGUUUUGCCGGUCUUCGGAGAGUUUUCCCGGGCCCGAGCUCUAGACUUGGGCGCGUCGAAGAUGCAGGCCGACGAUCUGAUGCUGUUCAUCGACGUGGACAUCGUGUUCACUGGCUCGGCGCUCAACAGGAUACGCCUGAACACGCUAUCGGGUCGAAGAAUAUACUUUCCGAUAGUCUUCAGCCAAUACAAUCCCAAAGUCGUUUACGGCGACGCCAGGAAGCAGGACAAGUUUACCAUAAACGAGAUCUCUGGGCACUGGAGGCAGUACGGCUUCGGAAUUGUUUCCUUGUACAAGAGCGACUAUCGCACCGUGGGCGGUCUAGAUCUCUCGAUUCAGGGUUGGGGCAAGGAGGACGUGGAAUUCUUCGAGAAGGCAGUCAAGUCGGGCCUCGACGUCUUCAGGGCGGCGGACAGGCACCUGGUGCACGUGUAUCACGAGAUAGAGUGCAGCAAAGAGCUCUCUAGCCUUCAGUUCUCCAUGUGCAUGGGCUCCAAGGCUGACACGUACGCCGGAGUCGAGACCUUGGCCAACAUGAUUUACGGCAACCCGAACAUACUACGCUUCGCCAAAGAAAGACGACAGAGGAGGACGAAUCCCGCUGGUUAACGAUGGAUCUGGCGCACUGGGACUGUCGGCCGUUGACGGUCGGGCGAUACAAUUUUAUUAGAAAUCCCAGCGGAAAUUGUCAAAAUAUCUUUCUCGCACACCUUCGGUCGCGCGAAGGACACUGAGAAACCGAACUGUCCGAAUCCUUUAGGUGCCAGAGUGUCUCGUUAGUCACGCUGUUUGUGUAAAUAUGGAGCAUAGUUGCGUGAGCCGUGCAAACAAAUGACAAAUCAAUACACCCUGAUAUUUCGUUGUGUGGCCAAAUGUAUAUACCGAAGCUUUAAUUGAGAAUAUAAUUUUCACGAGUUCGUUCGUGAAGCGUAAUUGGUAUUACGAUUUUUGAAGAUAGAGCUGGCGAUCUAACGAUCACCAAAGUCACUGGAAUGCUGAUAGAUUUGUAACGUUAAGGAGGUACGUAAUACGAUUUUUGUCGUUAGUUUUGUGUGAUGACACUAUUCUCCACCGCCCAAUGAUUUUUCUUCUUACUGAGGCUAAAAGCAGACGAGUAUCGUGCACUUCUGCGGUUGCAAUUGCCGAUAGUUGCAUAGGAAUCGAACGUAAUGACAUGCAUUUAAUUAAAUCGUUAGGCUAGGUAGGUAAAUGUAAGUGUUACAAGUAAAUGUGAUAUUAUCGUGCCUUUAAACUAUUUCUCGACGCAAUUUCGUGUACUGCCAAAUGUAAACGCGCCGUUACGAUUAUUUCGAUAUAGAUAUUUCUAAAUUGUCGCGUUGCGCGCUUCGCAAUUUAUAUAUCUACACGUAAAACGCCUCUGUCCACAAUAAUUGGAAUAAUACUCACGCUUUGCUGAAUAAAAAUCCAAUAUUAAGUAA